CAGGUGGAUGUUAGGUCGGAUUGCAAAGUGAAUCGACGAAUGCAGUGAGCCCCAUGGAUGCAAUACAGCGGAAGUUGGAGGCUGCCAACCCAGCAACCCGUGCUCGCAGACAGCUGCCUCACGUUCCUGCCGUUCCUUCCACACAUGACCGGCCUUCUCCUCUCUACAAGCUGGUGCUGCAGAACCAGGAGAAUCCACCUCUGAUGAAGCCUAUGUCUUGGACCCGUGCAGCUCCUUACAAGGAAAUGAGGCACCACCGCUCCCCAUCGGAAUCCAUUGCCAACAAUUUCACUCCUUCAGCCAACAACCUAAAGUUGCACCAUCUCCACAGGAGAACCAGAUCACACUCCCCCACUCGGCAUCAUUCCCUCCCUCCCCUGCCUCCUCCAGCCAUGCCACCUCUCUACCACAAAACCCUUGGAGUGAGAGCCUCUCCCUCCCGUCCUCUGACCCCUCAGCAGCAGUUCCAGAGGAUUGAGGAGCACAAGACCCUCACCACUCCUCCCGACACAAAGGGGCCAUGCAGUUCAAAUUUGCAGCGGUAUCAUUACUACGUGAGGGAGGGUGUGAGUGAGGAAGAUUUAGCCCCCUUCCCAGAAGACACUCUGCCAGCAGUCCACAAACAUCUUGAUCCAAGUCUACUGGCCAAUCCCGACUGGGCAGCCCUCAUUGAAUCCCUGCACCAGGAGAUUGUGGAGGACUAUAAACACAGCCUGCAGAAGUGUAUUGUUGACUACAUCCUCCAAGAUCGCUCUGAACUGGCGAGGCUGAGAAUUCGAGCUGUUCCUAUCCCCUACCAGCCGAGAGUAGCGCGGGCUCCAGUUCCUUGGCAUGGCACAUGGCUGGAGGUCCACUCCACACAGACCCAGCAGCUGUUUACCACCAACAGCGUCAUGAGAGGCUUGCAAGAGCUCUGGCAGCACAAGUGUGUCUUCUAUCUCCCUACAACUCAUCUCCUCAAUCUCUUCCAUGGUCCACAGGUUCAGUAAGGUGCACCUAGUUGGUGUGGAUGCUCUACAGAAUGCAGAGCUGCCACUUUCCUUUGCUGAGUUUGAAGAACUGAUCAGGGCCCAGUGCAAACAAGCUAGGACCACCCUCAGAGACAUGUGGGUGAGUGAGUGUGGAGAUGUAUUCAGGGGGGAGAAGGGGAGCUGGGCCCACCUCAUCCCAGUGGACUCCAACCAGUCAGCAGUGCUGGCUGAGCACUUCUUCAACACCGCAGCCACGCUGAUGGUCAGGCAGCUGAGGCAAACUGUCAGAGUGUCUCUGGACAACUUCCUGUCUCUGCUAGAGCCUUAUGCUAGAGGCAAUGACUAUGAAGGAGACUACACAGACCUCAUGUUUGUCAAUAAGCCAGUGUUCCAUGUGGAACUGGUGGUGAAGGCGGCAGAGCUGAUGUUUGAUCCUCCUCUGUCUGAACUUGAGGCUGUGGUCCACAGACUCAUCUCUGCCAUCGUGGAGGCUGCUCAGGGCCUCCCAAGGGUGGAGCAUGUGUUGUUCCCUGAGCUCGAGGGACACACACUGGAGCUGCCCUGUGUGAAUGUGGAGGAAGGGCCAGUCGUUGAAGCCAGAGAGAAGGCAAUUGCCAUGCUCUGCUGCAAUCUGCGCGGCCCUCACAAGUAUGUGGCUGCUGUGUAUGACGAGCACAAACAGCUCCUGGAUGGUCAGGCGCUCAGAGAGGUACAGGCCUUCCUGCGCUCUGAGCCUGAACUCCCGGCUUUUGCUAAGAGAGUCAGGUCCCUGCGCAGCUCCAGUGCUGAGCUGGCAGAGCUGAGAAGGUCAGUCAGACUGAACCUGCUCCACCUCAGCUGUGGGCAGGUCAACGAUCUUCUCUCUGGCAUGACUGUGGAGCUUGCUGAACUCAUUACCACCCAUCUGGUGGAGGACAACAGACAUAAGAACAAGGACUUGUGUCAGCGAUACGAUGACAUUGCCACGAGAGUGUAUGAAGAUCCUCAGAGCACUGGGGACAUGGUGGACCUGGAUCAGUUCCUCACUAAAUCUCGUGAGGACACAGUAUUCAGACUGCAGGCAGAGGUGAGAACUGCAGCCGAAAGGCUCCAGUUUCUGCUGGACUUUGUGGUCCUGCCAGAGGAAGACCUGAAGCUGAACAGCCAGACAUUCAAGUGGCCGGCUCGGAUGGAGCCUAUAUUCGAAGUCAGCCAGGCAAAAAUGGGGAAAAAGAGGGAGAAGGUUGAGGAGGAGCUAAGGGAUCGCAGGAAGAGGUUCGAGGCCCGACUGGAGGAGUAUCAUGCUACAGUGGAGCAGUUCCAGGAGAAAGAGAUCCCGAGAUCUGUGGACGACAUCAGGAGUGUGGUAGAGGAGCUUGCAGGGCUGGGAGUAUCUGUCGAGGAGUGCAAGGCCGAGAUGAUGGAGAUCAACAACGAGGAGGAGCUGCUGCAGUGGGAAAUGACUCCCUACCCUCUGAUCCAGACUGUGCUCCACUCCAAGGAGCCGUAUGAUAGGCUAUGGAAUACUGCCAUCAGUUACUAUGACAAGCAUGAGCAGUGGAUGAACGCUCCGUUCCUGAAGAUUGAUGCAGAGAAGGUGGAGGAGGAAGUCAGUGGCAUGUGGAGGACAUUGCACAAACUGACACGGACAUUCGCUGAUCAACCACAACCCAAGCGCUCAGCAGAUCUGUACAAGAUGAAGCUGAAUGAGUUCAAGGAGCAUCUACCUCUUCUGCAGACCUUCUGCAAUCAAGGUCUCCGUGACCGUCACUGGCAGAGGAUGAGUGAGGUUGUUGGCUUUGAGUUGAAACCAAGCCCAGACACCCCCCUUAGCACCAUGCUGGGCUAUGGCCUGCAGAAACACCUGGAGAAACUAGAGGAGGUAGGAGCUGCAGCCACCAAAGAAUACUCCCUUGAGAAGGCCAUGGAAAAGAUGGUGAAAGACUGGGCGAUGAUGGAGUUCAUCUUCCUCGAGUACAGGGACACUGGAAUAUCCAUCUUGUCUGCGGUGGAUGACGUGCAAGUUUUGCUGGACGAUCACAUUGUGAAGACGCAGACCAUGAGAGGCUCUCCAUUCAUCAAACCAUUCGAGGAGGAUAUAAAACAGUGGGAACAGAAACUGAUGCUCAUCCAGGACAUCAUGGAUGCUUGGCUGAAAUGCCAGGCCACGUGGCUCUAUCUUGAGCCCAUCUUCUCAUCGGAGGACAUCAUGGCCCAGAUGCCAGAAGAGGGCCGCAAGUUUGGAAUAGUGGACCGCACAUGGAGAGACAUCAUGACGGAAUCAGUGAAGGACGCGCAUGCUCUGGUGGUGACCAGUCAGGAGAACAUGCUGGGUCGCCUCCAGAAAGCCAACAAGCUUCUGGAGGAGAUACAGAAAGGUCUAAAUGACUACCUGGAGAAGAAGAGGCUGUACUUUCCUCGGUUUUUCUUCCUUUCAAAUGACGAGCUGCUGGAAAUCUUGUCUGAGACCAAAGACCCACUUCGGGUCCAGCCUCAUCUGAAGAAGUGUUUUGAGGGAAUUGCUAAACUGCAGUUCACCGAGGAGCAGCAUGUCACUGGAAUGAUCAGUAGUGAGAAAGAGACUGUUCCAUUCUCAAAGACCAUCAUACCAGUUGAUGCUAAGGGGAUGGUGGAGAAAUGGCUGCUACAGGUGCAGGAGGUUAUGAUAGUCAGUCUGAAGGAUGUGAUGGAGCAGGCAGUGGGUGCCUACGAGGACGAGUCUCGUGUGCAAUGGGUGGUGCAGUGGCCGGGACAGGUGGUGCUUGCUGGAACCUCCAUCUACUGGACCAGAGAUGUGGCGGCUGCCAUCAGGAAUGGGACUCUCAAGGAGUACUUGGACCUCAGCAACCGUCAGAUUGAGCAGAUUGUGGAGAAGGUGAGAGGGAAACUGCCAAAGAUGGCAAGAGUCACACUCGGAGCUCUUACUGUGCUGGAUGUCCACGCUCGAGACGUGGUCAGUAAACUGUACAGUGACGGAGUUGCAUCUGAUGUGGACUUCCAGUGGAUCAGUCAGCUACGCUACUACUUGGAGGAGGGGAGGGUUGUCGUGAGGAUGAUCACAACCGAUGUUCCCUAUGGAUACGAGUACCUUGGUAACACAGGGCGACUGGUGAUCACUCCACUAACUGACAGAUGCUAUCGCACCCUGAUGGGGGCCCUCAAGCUGCACCUGGGAGGAGCUCCUGAGGGGCCUGCAGGCACGGGAAAGACCGAGACUUGCAAAGACCUUGCCAAGGCAGUGGCCAAGCAGUGUGUGGUGUUCAACUGCUCAGAUGGACUGGACUACAAGGCCAUGGGCAAGUUCUUCAAGGGUCUGGCACAGGCAGGAGCGUGGGCCUGCUUCGAUGAGUUCAACCGCAUUGAGCUGGAGGUGUUGUCAGUGAUAGCUCAGCAGAUCCAGAGCAUCCAGGUGGCCGUGAACCAAGGGGUGGAGAGGUUUGUCUUUGAGGGCACAGAGAUCUCCAUCGACACUUCCUGCACUGUCUUCAUCACCAUGAACCCAGGCUACGCCGGCAGACAGGAGCUGCCCGACAACCUCAAGGUUCUGUUCCGGACGGUGGCAAUGAUGGUUCCAGACUAUGCUCUGAUCGGAGAGAUCAUGCUCUACUCCAUGGGCUUCGUUGAUGCUCGCAGUCUGUCAGCCAAGAUUGUGGCCACCUACAAACUGUGCUCCGAGCAGCUCUCCUCCCAGCACCACUAUGACUAUGGGAUGCGGGCAGUCAAAUCAGUCCUGACAGCAGCCGGUAACCUGAAGCUCAAGUAUCCGGAGGAGAGUGAGAGUGUUCUGCUGCUCAGAGCCAUCAAUGAUGUCAACCUGCCCAAGUUCCUUGCUCACGACCUACCCCUGUUUGCUGGGAUCACCUCUGACCUUUUCCCUGGCGUUAAACUUCCCAAACCGGACUACGACAGUCUGACAGAUGCUCUCUGUGACAACAUGGCAAAGAUGGAGCUGCAGCCUGUGCCUUGGUUCAUCACCAAGAUCAUUGAGAUCUAUGAGAUGAUGUUAGUGAGGCACGGGUUCAUGAUUGUUGGAGAUGCGAUGGGAGGGAAAACAUCAGCAUACAAGGUACUGGCAGCUGCUCUUGCAGACCUCAAUGUGUCUGGACUGCUGGAGGAGUUCAAGGUGGAUUUGCAGAUUAUCAACCCCAAGAGUGUCACCAUACAGCAGUUGUAUGGCAGCUUCGACCCAGUCUCCCACGAGUGGUCAGACGGAGUUCUGGCCGCGGCCUUCAAGGAACAGGCCUCAGCCACUGAUGAAAACCGGAAGUGGAUCGUAUUCGAUGGGCCAGUUGACGCUAUCUGGAUUGAGAACAUGAACACAGCUCUUGAUGACAACAAGAAGCUGUGUCUAAUGAGUGGGGAGAUUGUGCAGAUGACAGGCAAACAGAAUUUGAUCUUUGAGCCUGAGGACCUUGAGGUGGCCUCACCUGCCACUGUCAGUAGAUGUGGUAUGAUCUACAUGGAGCCUCACCAACUGGGGUGGCAGCCUCUGGUAGACUCCUACCUCACCUCCAUCCCUGACGCCGUCACAGAAAAGAACAGAGAUCUGUUUUCAAAGCUGAUGGACGAGAACCGCAGCUUGGUGCAGGGACUGGUUGACUGGCUGGUCCAGCCUGCUCUCGAUUUCAUUCGACACGACUGCCGACUGUUUGUGACCACCUCAGCUCUGCACAGAGUCCGCUGUCUUCUUCAGCUCUACACUUGUCUCCUCGAUGAUUUCAUUGAUGGCAUGGAGUCUGUUCCACAGUCUCAGAGUCUAGUGUGGCUACCCUGUCUCUUCCUCUUCUCCCUGGUCUGGUCUCUUGGGGGAGCCCUCGUUGGAGACUCUAGGACUAAGUUUGACGUCUUCUACCGCACCCUCAUCUCUGGUACUGAUCAGCAGCACCCUCGCCCCAAGAAUAUCAAACUGGCCAAGAACCACCUUCUCCCUGAGAGGGACACAGUGUUUGAUUACUUCUUCCAGAAGACGGGCGGGGUCUGGGCUCCCUGGGAGGACCUUCUGGACAGAAAUGCCUCCAUCCCAGCAGGAGCCAAGGUCACCGAGCUCAUCAUCCCCACUGUAGACACUGCCAGACAGACCUACUUUCUGGACGCCCUUACGAGGCACGGUGUUCCUCUCCUGCUGGUGGGCCCCACUGGCACUGGGAAAUCAGCCAUCACCAACGCUACC